AUGACGUACACACGUUCUGCCAUCGUCACCGGCGGCACGCUCAACAUGGGCUACCAUGCCGCUCUCGGGAUAGCCCGUCAACACCCGGACUGGCUCGUUGUCGUCUGUUCGCGAUCCGACCGCGAACAUGCCGCCGAGUCCAUUAACAAGACCCUCAAGCAGAGCAACACCAUCUUCGCACCGCUCGACCUGGCCGACUCCAGCAAAGUCCGCGCCUUCGCCAAGGAAUGGUCCUCGAAACACCACCCCCCAAUCCAGGCCCUCCUGCUCAACGCCGCGCUGCAGUUCCCGGGAUCACUGACGCUCACGUCCGAGGGCAUCGAGUCCACCUUCGCCAUCACCCACGUCGGGCACGCCCUGCUGUUCCACCUCCUCUACCCGCACCUCGCGGCCAACGCACGCGUCGUCGUCACCUCGAGCGGCACCCACGAUCCGUCUCAGAAAAGUGGCCUGCCGGAUGCGAUCUACACGUCCGCGGAAGACCUGGCGCACCCGCCGCCCGCGAUCGCCAACGGGCCGGGCCGCAGACACUACGCCAACGCCAAGCUCGCCAACGUCCUGUGGACAUACGCCCUGCACAAGCGGCUGAACCAGCAGAUCCCGGAGCGCGGGAUCACCAUCAACGCAUUCGACCCGGGUCUCAUGCCGGGCUCGGGGCUCGCGCGCGAGGGCACCGCCGUUGAGCGGUUUCUGUGGAACAGCAUCCUGCCUCGGGCGCUGCCUGUGCUCCGGUUUCUGGUCAGUCCGAAUAUCCACAGGCCGGAGGAAUCGGCGGCGUCGCUCGUUCGGUUGGCAAUUUCAAAUGAGACGGCCGGGGUAUCCGGGAAGUACUUUGAGGGCCGGAGGGAGAUCCCGUCCAGCAAGGAUAGCUAUCAUGUGGAGAAGCAGGAUGACUUGUGGCGGUGGUCUGUCGAGUAUAGCGCGCAGGACGAGGCUCAGGCGAAGGCUUUCGCGGAGUUUAGGUAG